CUCUACCGGGCGGUCAGUGCCAUGGUUACCCUGCACAUUUCCCGGUUGUUGUGAGCGAUAAAGAUACACGACACAUAACGUGCGUUACUGUACAUUGUUUCACCCGGAACUUUUAUGAGCACGGACCGUUUUCCGUGUAGCUGUAGUCCAGCUGAACUGCCACAAUGGGGAUCUUGGAGAAAAUCGCGGAAAUAGAGAGAGAAAUCUCUCGGACACAGAAAAACAAAGCCACUGAGUACCAUCUGGGUUUGCUGAAGGCCAAGCUAGCCAAAUACAGAGCUCAGCUCUUGGAGCCUUCCAAGUCAGCAGGGGCCAAAGGUGAAGGCUUCGAUGUCAUGAAAUCAGGAGAUGCUCGUGUUGCUCUCAUCGGUUUCCCCUCUGUGGGUAAGUCCACUUUCCUGAGUUUGAUGACAUCUACAGCCAGUGAAGCUGCUUCCUAUGAGUUCACUACCCUCACCUGCAUACCCGGUGUUAUAGAGUACAAAGGCGCCAACAUCCAGUUGCUGGAUCUGCCUGGAAUCAUUGAGGGGGCUGCCCAAGGUAAGGGCAGAGGUCGGCAGGUCAUUGCUGUUGCCCGGACAGCAGACGUCGUCAUCAUGAUGUUGGAUGCCACCAAAGGAGAUGUUCAGAGAGAACUUCUAGAAAAAGAGUUGGAGUCAGUGGGCAUCAGACUCAACAGGACAAAGCCAAAUAUUUAUUUCAAGCCCAAGAAAGGUGGUGGCCUCUCCUACAACUCCACAGUUCCUCUCACCCAUUGUUCAGAGAAGCUGGUUCAGCUCAUCCUUCAUGAAUACAAAAUCUUUAAUGCAGAAGUCCUCUUCCGGGAAGACAGCACACCCGACGAGUUCAUCGAUGUCCUCGUGGGGAACAGAGUUUACAUGCCUUGUCUAUAUGUGUACAAUAAGGUGGAUCAAAUCUCCAUUGAGGAGGUGGACCGCCUGGCUCGCAGACCUCACAGUGUUGUCAUCAGUUGUGGGAUGAAGUUGAACCUGGAUUACCUUCUGGAGACGUUGUGGGAAUACUUGGCUCUGAUUUGCAUUUAUACAAAGAAAAGAGGAGAGCGCCCAGACUUUAACGAUGCCAUCAUUAUGAGAAAAGGAGCAUCUGUAGAACAUGUGUGCCAUCGAAUCCACAGAUCCUUAGCAAGCCAGUUCAAAUAUGCCCUGGUUUGGGGAACCAGCACAAAGUACAGCCCUCAGAGGGUCGGCCUAACGCACGUCAUGGAGCACGAGGACGUCAUCCAGAUUGUUAAGAAGUAAAACAAGCUCCCGAUUGGAUCGAGGAGGAUGAGGAACAGUUUUGUUGGAGGACUUAAAAUGAGAAAUUCACUGUACAGCAAUGAAAAUAGCCACCAUUCUUAUUUUGGAUAUGAAAAUCAACAGAACACUAUGAAGACAGACAGGCCAGAGCAGGUUAUGGAAAGGCGAUGGUGUAUUUUACCUUUUGAUUGAGAAAAAAUGAUACAUUUGAUUCAGGAAGAAAAUGGGGUCAAAUUAAUAAAGUCCAUAAAAUUUUAACAAA